CUGAAGUAGAAGAAGAAGAAGAACUCCAGAACACAUACUACAGAAGCAGGAAGAGAUGGCGAUCGUAAAUAACUUGUGUGUUUUUAUUAAUGUCUCUUUUCUGCUCGUUGUCCUCUCUUUCUCUGCCUCUGCGGAGCGACAGAAGACGGUGGAGUUUAACGUGAAGCCGGGAGGCGUGGUGCACACCUUCACAGAGGCCGUAAAAGAAUAUGAGUGCUCGUUCACUUAUGCUUCACAAGGGGGAACCAAUGAGCAAUGGCUGAUGAGUGUUGGUCUGAGUGACGACGACAAACUGUUUUCCUGCUCUGUGUGGAGGCCUCAGGGGAAGUCCUACCUGUUUUUCACGCAGUUCAAAGCUGAGCUGAAGGGAACCAAAAUUAAAUUUGCCAAUGCCUAUUCUCAGACGGCGGGUGCAGGACACAGCGACGUGCCUUUGAAGCCGGAGGAGUUCACCAUCGGAGAGUCCACAGUGACCCACACAGAUGGAAAGUUCAGCGCACAACUGUCCAAGCUCACCGCCAUCGGACAGACGCGACACGACGAGCUGUGAUUGGACAGAAAGUCAGACGUACAGCAACUUCGGUCGAGUGCUGAGCACCGAGGAAAAGGAUUUAACAGCAGCUGGAUCAAAAAAACGAACCGAGAGCUCAAGAAUCAGGAGAAUGUCAUUUAUUUGUUAUCUAACAAAGAUAUUUAUGAUGCAGUUGAUUAAAAAGUCUUGAUUGUAUAAUGGAAAUCUUUGAUAGAUUGAAACGUUGCGCAGUUAUUGCCCAAAAAAAUGCUGAUAUUCUGUGGGUUUUUAAGCUCUGAGUGCGUGUUUCAGCGUAAUGAAGGAUGCAUUUAUGAAUGGGAUAAAACUGAUAUUGCUUUUGCAGUACUUUGUGUUUGAGUACAUGAAUUCCCUUGUAUGUUUUCUACAAUGUAUUUGAAAAUACUGUUGAUUAUCCACAUGUUGUUUGUUUUACUGUCCCAGUUAAAACUCUGUUAAAGAUUAAAGAGCUUCCAUAGUUUGGUUUCUGACGAUGUAAGAUUUACACAGCACAUCUGCGUGAUCCUGGGGGAGGGCUGUGGAUGUAUGGAGGAUUUUGUGUCUGGCGGGGGGUUGUAGAGUAUAGAUAACACAUUUAGAGUAGCGAGGGGAUUUAUCCAUCUCCUGUAAUCCUGAGAGGAAAGUGAAUAAUCUGCAGUAGCGUCAUCAUCACACACACAAACAAUUACAUUUCCUCUGAUCUGUGCUCUGUUUCUAUUCAUCUGCUCUACAUCGCUGCAAGCCAACAUUUUACCCCCAUAAAUUACCAAUUUGUACGACUUUGAAUAAUUGUUUUGUUAUGUUUCGGCCUGAAGGGAUACUUGUUGAAUAAUGAUAUUAAGAGAAAUGUGUGCAGAAUACACUGAGGAUUAGUGCUUUUUUUGAUAACUCAAACAGUCUAAAUGUGAAAUCCUUGAUCUGAGACUAUAAUAAAAGUACAGAUGCUGCCUCUUGA